CAGUGAUUGAGCGGUGAGAGGCGCCUUCUUUGUCCGCUUCUGUACCACCAGACGGACCAGACGGGUGGGCCAGCCGGAAGUCCCCUAAGGCAUGGCAAACAUGACCACGACCGUGGAUAGUCACUCGAGAACUUGCACGUCCUCUCACUGGGUGUCCACUUUACAAAACGCCAUCACCAGACGUGUCGGUUUGGCAGGCAUUGUGCUUUCUUUUUCACUUGUGACCAAAAUUACAGGAAGUGUUUUUAGCGAUCUACGAUGUUCACCGUGCAACGCAGCUAGGUGCCGACAGCUGUCGUGAGCCAGGGAUUCGGAUUUGUCGCAUUGCUCGUACAUGCCAUCACAUGCGGUCCGGAUGUGCCAUUCCUACCGUGGCGGUGAUGAGAGACGCAGGGCGACAUUUGUGGACGCGCACGCGUGAUCGGUCUUGGCCUGGUUUCACCUCGGCCUCUUGUGUGUGAAAAAGAUGAAUUGGGAACCUGUCCGAAGCCAGCAUCGUUCCCGCUGGUUACGUCAUCUGCUUAGGUCGUGGAGACGAUGGUUGCUCCUCCUCGUUCUCACCGUUUUCAUCGCUACAAACUCCCUGCUGUACCGGGGUCUCAACCGGGCUGGCCGGUCUGUGGACCCCCGGAGUCUGCCCGUCCAGGAACGGGUCAUCUCCAUCGACUCAUGGCAGACAGAUUUAGGGGACACGGGCGGCGGCCGCUCGGAUCUGUACAUCGAUUCGCCGGGGCAGUUCCAUCGCCUGUCUGGGAGCCAGCGGGACAGAGUUGACUCGAGGACCGGGAAAAACAGGGCUGGGGUUCCGAUGGUGAGAUACAUCAGACGCAGUGACGAUGCUAACACCGGUUUUGACGAGAAACAGUUGAUUGACACGCAUGCGAAAGCCGAAAGAGUGAAAGGGGUCAGCCGAGGAGGACCAGCUAAGCGUGUUGCUGUCAGACACGAUUAUCGGAUGGAAAUUGGUAAAAAACAGAAAGUUCGAACGGGACAGAAUGUGGAAGGGACUCAACAGGAUACAACUCCAAAUGAAACGAUUCUUCUAAGAAGACCGAAAAUCCCGAUAAAUCUUGUCCAUGUCCAGUCAGCUGAUAGUCAAUCCAAAUCAUAUCCCUUCCCUAACAAGGUUAAAACCCGCGCUUCUGAGCUGACGAUGUCCAGGACCUCUUACCAAUCAAAAUGGCACGUUGAGCGUAUUAACAACCCUUCAGUGUCUGCCGCCAAAGAAGACUUAGAGACCGGGAAGAUACGAUUUUAUAGCCGACCGACUUGGCUAAGCGAACAUGACGUGAAGACACUCAGACGCUUAGCAAAUGACCCCAUCACUGAGUUUCAAACAUUUUCUGUCCAGCACGCCGGGAAAUUCGGCCUUGGGCUCCUUGUUUUGGAGUCCGGUGACGAGCUCCGACGUACCGGUCACGACAGCGGCCGGUCAAAUGACAGCGGGACGACGGUUACUGCCCAACUGUGCGAUCAUUCCGGCGUCACGUGCGCCGUGCUGUUCCCGCCUUCCGAGAUCCACCGAGUCGCCGCGUUUCACCUCGACCGCGUGCUCGGGUUCAACCGGACGUUGCCGACCGUCUCCCGAAGGUUGACCGAGGAGCUCCGGCGUCAAGUCGGGCUGCCGGUGGACGUUAGCUGUCCCCUGAUGCUGUAUGAACCGAACCUGUACUUGGACCAGCAACUUGCCACACUUACCAGGGCUGAAUUAACUGACUGCCUAGCGGGAACCGACGGUACAGGAGGGGUAGAAUGGUGCAAUAAUGUUCUCGCUGAAAACUGGGGUGCUGUAGCACUCUUUGACUUUCUUUUACAGAUUUACCAUCGGUUAGAUUUCGGAUGCUGUGGCCUGGAAGCGGCCGAGAGAAUGCGUCGUUGCGGGCUGGUGGCCGUUGUGGGCGAUAUCCGGGAAGCGCCCCGGUGUACUGGCAUCAGCGGCGACAGGUCGGUCGACCAGCAGCAGAAAAUCGGCUGCAAUUACCGCUUGUCUUCGGAGGCAGACAGGCUCGUUCUCGCAGAGAACCUCGUCGACUUUCUUGCUCCUGAGGACAAAGUGGAUAUGUGGAUUCUUCGGGGAAUUAAUAGCUUUCCCGCCCAGGCUGUGGCCAUGAUAAGAGAAGGACGGCUCCGCCAGUCGCUGCUCCAGUCUCUCUUUAGCGACAAGGGAUACUGGGAGGGCCAAGGAGGCCGACCAGCCAUAGAGAAAAUCCUGGACGUCAUCGACAAACGCGGGAGGAUAUUCCUCAAAUAUAUUGGCUCGUAGUGGCAGAGAAAGACAAGUAACCAAUGCACCACACGCGGCUCCUGAACUGUGUAAAGCGACUCCCGCACCCACCCCUAGUUCUUACGCACGGUGAAAAAACAUCUGUGGGGUAGAAAAUAACUCCAGAUGU